AUGUGCAAAACGUUCACGGAUGAUGAAAAUGGCGCCAAUGUGCCCUUGGAAAUUGCUGAGAAUGAACAGGACGCUCUUAGAAAAAUUUUGGAGGAUGGAGAUAAAAGCGACGAUUCUGAAGAGGACUGCGAGCUAUUUAGUGAACAUGAUUCUCUGAGUGAGGCUUCUGGGGUUUCUGGCAAUGAUGAUUCUGAGGAAGAUCAACCUCUAAUUAAUUUUACGUCUUGGGUUGGAAAGGAUGGAACAAGAUGGUCAAAAGGAGCAGCAAUACGUGGAAGAGCAGCAGCUUAUAACAAUAUUUACACUAAACCAGGUUUGAAGGGCUUUGCAUUGUCCAAUCCACCCAAGUCACCUGAGUCAGCAUGGAACUUACUUAUAAAUGAUAAGAUCCUAAAGAUAGUUUGUAAAUUUACAAAUAUAAAAAUUGGACUGUGUCAGGCCAAAUAUAAAAGUUUCAAAAGACGUAGGGCUGCCAGAAGAAAAUUUCAGCCAACGUUUAUUGCCAAAACAAGCUUAUUCAAGUCUGGUCAUGAGGAUCUAAGGUCAAUAUGGUGUACUGAUGGAACAGGAAGAGAUAUCUUUAGAGCUACAAUGAGCCUUGCAAGAUUUUCUUUUUUGCUUUGUUGUUUACGCUUUGAUGAUUUACAAACCAGGAAGAAAAGGAUCAAAUUGGACAAACUGGCGCCGAUUUCAGAAGUUUUUAAUACAUUUGUGGAUAACGCACGGGAAAUGUAUAACCCUGGUGAUAAUGUUACCCUGGAUGAGAUGUUGGUACCCUUUAGGGGUAGAUGCGGAUUUGGUAUGUACAUCCCUGGUAAACCAGCUAAGUAUGGUUUGAAAGUACAAAUUCUGGCGGAUUCAAAGACCCACUAUAUGUUGAACGCCGAAGUAUAUACAGGUGCCCAAAUUGGAGAUCGGGCCCCUAAAGAAAAACGUUUUUCGAAUCCUUCGGAGGUUGUGCUUCGUUUGACAAAGCACAGAAUGGGUACCAACCGCAAUGUAACCGCUGACAACUGGUACUCUUCAAUUGAGAUAAUAAAUGAGCUGUUAAAUAAUAAGCUUACUUAUGUAGGCACUCAAAAAAAAAACGUCAAAUAG